AUGACACCUAGCAAUCUGUCUGUUCCCGGCUACCAAGCCAUAGCACCUAUGUUCAAGGGUAUAAAUAGCUAUCUGGUUGCGCCAAUAUUUCUUCAGCGGACUAUCUCCAGCAUCAUCAUCCCUUCUCUUCUCCUAGGCUUUACGUCGCUUACCACUCAGGUUACACUUGAGAUUAUCAAAAUGAAGCAAGUUUUCGCCCUCGCCAUCAUUGCCGCAGCCCUCGUUGCUGCUUCACCAGCCAAUGACUGGUCGAGACCUUGUUUCGACGGUGAGUGUGCCUACGACAUCCCAUCUCAGUCCGGAUCAGGAGCCCUCAAGAUCUUCGGUUCCUCAAAGUCCGUGACUGAUAUCACCCCCGCCGCGGGCUGGGUUGUCUUGGACUGCGACCGUAAUGCCCUUGCGCAAGACAUCCGUCUUGUCUGCAAUGGAGAUGAUGCUGGAUGCAACCAUAUGUUCGAUCACGACGGACCGGUCCACAAGAUCGUCCGUCUUCCCGCAGAGUGUGGCAGCGCUCCGUUCGCUCGGAUUGCCGCUGCGACUGUCGCAGAGAACCAGUCGGUUCCCUCCCACGUUGUUCGUCGCGAUGGGUCUGCGCCACAAGUACACACUAUCAGGAUCGAUGACAACUUCGCUGCCAUCGACUCCGCCAAGGUCGGCACUGUUGAGUUCGCCUUGUUGGCGGCCAACUUCCCUGGUGUAGAACACCCUGACUCCUACCUCGAAGCUCGCGAUUUCGAUGACCAGGAUGAAGAAGACCAGGAAGACGACUUCGACGCCGAUAAGAAGGGCAACAAGGCCGACGGAAAGAAAGCCGGCAACAAGGAUGACAAGAAGGCCGGAAAGAAAGAUGACAAGAAGGAUGACAAGAAGGAUGGCAAGAAGGACGGCAAGAAGGCUGACAAGAAGGACGAUAAGAAGGACGACAAGAAGGGCAAGAAGGCUGACGGCAAGAAGGCUGACGGCAAGAAGGAUAAGGCCGAUGACAAGAAGGCCGGAAAGAAGGACGGCAAGCCAGCAGCCAAGGGCAGCAAGAAGGAGUGGUUCAACAAGGCCAUCCAGUCCAUCAAGAAGUCCAAGACCGAGCUGAAGGCUGAUAACAAAGACAAGACUGCUUUCAGCAUUGAGCACAAGAAGGCCUACCAGCCGGUCACCGCCAGCAAGAACGAAGUCUUGUACUCCUUGACCAAAGUCUGCCCCGCCAACGCCAAAUCGAUCUUCAAGAUCGCCGCUGAGGCCAAAGCCACCAUCGAACUCACUCUCGGUGUUGCUGCCAGCGGUACCGGCAUCGACAUUGACGGCAAGGUCAUUGUCAACAGCGACAUCGUUGGCGACUACAAGGGCGUCGAGAAGGCAAUCGUCGCCAAGCAAGGCGCGCCUUCCCUUGACAUCCCCGGUGUCUUCAAGCUCUCUCCCUCCGUCACUAUCUAUGCCUCCAUCGACGCCGACAUCAACCUCCAGAUCGACUACGAGGCUGAAGUCAACUACGCUCUCGACGACAUUGAGUUCUGGUACCCUCCCUCGGUCGCCAAGUCCUUCGAGAAGUCUGGCAAGGCCAAGGCCCUCGACACUUACUACUCCAUCUCCGCUACCCCCGAUGUUGAGGCCGAUGUUGACAUUGAUUUCCACUUGAGGCCCCUCAUUGAGGUUGACGUCGUCGGCUUCAAGCAGAAAGCCACCGUCUUCAUCGAAGCCGACUCCUCCGUUAACCUUGACCUCGACGGCUCUGACAUCGACAAGAAGGGCGGAAAGAAGGAUGACAAGAAAGAUGACAAGAAGGGCGACAAGAAAGACGACAAGAAGGCUGGAAAGAAAGACGACAAGAAGGCUGACAAGAAGGGUGACAAGAAGGAUGCCAAGAAGGCCGGCAAGAAAGACGACAAGAAGGGUGACAAGAAGGGUGACAAGAAAGCCGACAAGAAGGCCGGCAAGAAGGGCAAGAAGGACGCCGAGCUCGUCGAGAGAGCCUUCCCUCCUUACGGUAACGCCGCCCGUGAACUCGCCUCCCGUGAACCCGCCGCUCUUGACUUCGAUGGCUGCACAAUCAUCACUACCCACAUCGACGUCAAUGGUGGCUCCUCCGGCAAAUUCUUUGACAUCUUCAAGGGCAACAACAAGGUCGACAUCUUGGACAAGAAGGGCUUCCUCGUCAAGAAAUGCUACGGAGACGUCGUUGACAAGAACGGUGACGGUGUUGCCGAUUCCGACGCAAAGAAGGGCAAAGGCAAGAGCCCAGCUAAGAAGGGCAAGCUCGACCCCCUCGUCUGUCCCGCCAAGGAAGUCGGCGAGCCUCUUCUCGUCGCAAAGGAGACCGUCAAAGCCAAGAAGAUCCUCAACUAA